AUUUACAUGAAGAGGAAGCUGGAAGCCAUGCGUGGGUUUGUUGGAUGGAAGGCGUGAGAUAAGAGAUCAUGCCAUGUGAUGUCCAUCAGGCUUUAAUAUUGCCCCUUUUUGGAUGUGAAAGAAAGAGACGCUUUGUGUCCUGCAGCCUCGUUAUUUAACGGCUCUGACAGCAGGCAUGAACUCCAGCACGGCAGUGGAAAACAUUUACCUCCUGGUGAUUGUAACACUCAUCAGUGUUCUCCAGAACGCAUUCUUUGCCCAGAAAGUAGAGCGGGAAUGCCAGAAAGAAAACAAACACACACCCUCUUUUGAGCGAGUAUCUUGUGCCAACCGUAACUGCAUGGAUGCUUACCCUACUUUCCUGGCAGUCAUGUGGUGCGCUGGGGUUUGUCUCAGUCAAGCGCCUGCUGCAUUUGCUGGGAUCAUCUACCUACUGGUCAGACAGAAAUACUUCAUUGGAUAUCUGGGAGAUACUUCUCAAAGCACGCCAGGCUACAUGUUUGGAAAACGCAUCAUCGGCUUCCUGCUCCUGAUGUGCAUCCUGGGAAUCUUUAACUUCCUGCUGUGCCGCUACUAUGGAAGCGACUACAAGGAAUACACGGAGACCAUCACGAACGCUGCGUCUGCUCUUCUGCUGCUCCCUUAGCUUGUCCCCAAACUUACAGUCAACUUUGAACCCAUGAAACGGCUUACUUGAGUGAAAACAUGAAAUUCUUUAUUGCAACAAAAUGAGAUGUCUUUGCAUAAAAACAAACGAAAAAUGUGCAAGCAUUUUAUUAAUAAUUUACACCCAUGAAUUGUAAAAAAAAAUAAAAUUACGGAAUGUAAAUUUACUAGUAAAAAUGGUUCUAUUUGUGCAAAAAAA